AUGGCUAUGGAUGGUAGCUUCAGCCUGGAAUCUGCACUGGAGAGGUUUCUUGCCCGUUGUCCAAAGCUCCAAUCUUCUCCAAAGUUUGUUUUGCUGACGAAAAAGGGAAAUGCAUUGACUCAAGAUGAAGUGGUGAAAGCUCUAGUUGAGUUGUUUGUGCAUCCAAAUUAUACUAUUCCCUUGAUGGGAUGUUUUCGUCCAAUAGCUCAGAAAAUCGUGGACAGAGCUGUCGAAUUGCUUCGGCUUGUGCCCAAUUUGCGGUCUAAUUCUGACAGGGGAGUUGUAGAAGUUGGGAAAGAUAGAGAUUUAAAUGAAGUUGAAAAUGUGAUUGAGUUCUAUAGUGGAGCUGGGAGGGGUCUGGAUCUUCACGAGCUUGUUUGUUUAGCCUUCUGUCGCGCCCUUGAGUUGGCACCUUUUUUUGGGGGUAGGUCUAUAGUAGGUUACUUUGAAUUUGCUCCACCUCCAUUUGAACGCAUUUUGAUGGGACCAAAAGUGUCUGAUCUCUGUGUUGAGGUUGGAACGCGUGUAUUGCUUGUGGUAGGGGUGUCCUACCGCCUCCUCUUAGUGAAAUAUGAUUUUUUCUCUAAACUUCAGAAUUGGUCAUGUUUCCUGGACCUUGUCGAGCAGUCUGCAAAUUUUGACAUGCACGAUAGUACUUCCGAUACUGUGGAGGUCAUCGCAGACAUAAGAUGGUGUGGGCUACAGAUAAUUUCCCUCAUUCUUAAGUUAAGUUGUAAAGCAACUGAAAACUUGGGCAUCACAGAUGAAGACGCAUUUUCAUGUUUAUUACGAUGGGAGGAGUUCUGUCAGGACGUAUCAUUUGAGAGCGGUGGCUGGUAUGUUGAAUCAUCCAGACUAAAGGGCUUAGUGUCCCUGGAUGGAAGGAAUGUUUAUUGUCAGAAAAGCUGUUUGCAGUCUUCAUCACAAUGUUCUGACAUUGAGCCACAAACUAAGCGUCAAAGGGAUGACAGAUCAGCUGGCGAUCCAUUUGUUGUAACUUCAGUGGUGAAGGAAAGUUUUAAGAUGAUGCUCUCAGCUGUGAAGGAAAAGUGGCCUGUUCUUCUGUAUGGUCCCACUGGCUGCGGGAAAUCUGCUCUCAUUAGCAAAUUGUCCCAGGACAGUGGAAAUCAAGUUCUAUCAAUUCACAUGGAUGAUCAAAUUGAUGGUAGAACAUUAAUUGGGAGUUAUGUAUGUACGGAAAAGCCUGGUGAAUUUAGAUGGCAGCCAGGGUCACUUACGCAGGCUGUUUCUAAUGGGUAUUGGGUUGUUUUCGAGGAUAUUGACAAAGCACCCUCUGAUGUGCGUUCUGUUAUAUUACCUUUGCUGGAGGGUGUAAACCUAUUUGCAACUGGGCAUGGACAGGAAAUUAGGGUGCCAGAAAGUUUUCGAAUUUUUUCCACAAUUUCAACCUCUAAGCUUGAUCCGUCUUGCAUUGCAGAAGGUGGGAAUUCACUUACCAUUUUUUUUAAAGUGUAUGUUUCACCCUCAACUAAUGAGGACUUGCAAAGCAUAGUGAAAGCGUGGUAUCCAAGUUUAGAGCCUCUUGCUGUGAAACUCACAGAAACAUUUGAAAGCAUUAACUCUGCCACAUUACAUCAAACUGGUGGAUUUCAAGCUGGAAAUUCUGCUUCUGGAUCUCCUCAAAUGGUGCAAGCGUAUAACAGCCUGGGUUUUAGCUUUGAGGGAGAUGAUUUGUCACCUUAUGCACGUGAUUGUAUCUAUCAGGAGGCGGUUGACAUAUUUGCAGCCUUCUCAACGUCUAUGAAGAACCGGUUAACUUUAAUGCAAUACAUCGCCAGGUUGUGGGAUGUGCCAUCAACUGUUUCAGAUACCUUGUAUCCUCCUAAUAAGCCUGUAGUCCAGGAUUUACUCUCAAAUUUAAGAGUUGGACGAGUUUCCCUCCCUCGCACUCAUACUGCUAAGUGUGGAAAGAAAGAUUACAAGAAGAAACCUUUUGUUGAGAUUCGCAGUUCGAUUCACUUGCUUGAAAGAAUUGCUUCAUCUGUUAAGUGGAAUGAGCCUGUUCUAUUGGUUGGUGAAACUGGGACUGGAAAGACUACACUUGUACAGGAUCUGGCAAUGAGGCUUGGUCAUAAGCUAACAGUAUUGAACUUAAGUCAGCAAAGUGAUGUUGCUGACUUGUUAGGGGGAUAUAAGCCCAUGGACGCAAAGUUUAUUUACCUUCCGCUGUAUAAUGAGUUUUGUGAUCUAUUCUCUAAAUCAUUUCAUGUGCAGCUUAAUCCUAAAUUUAUUGGGAAAUUAGAAGAUGCUCUUAAGAAGGAGGAUUGGGAAAGGUUACUAAAGGGAUUUGAGGUUGGUAUUAAAAAGUUUUUCCAGAAAGUUGAAGAGGCAAGAUCGUUAGUUGAAGAGUCUGGAAAAAAGCGCAAGAAAGCUCCAGUUGAGGAACAAAUCAAAGCCUGGGAAAAUUUCACACUGAAAGUAGAGAAUGCCAGUGCACAUGGAAUGAUAUUUUCAUUUGUGGAAGGAGCUUUUGUAACUGCACUGAGAAAUGGUGAGUGGAUUUUGCUUGAUGAGGUGAAUUUGGCCCCUCCCGAGACGUUGCAGAGGGUAAUUAGUGUGCUUGAAGGGGAGCAUGGAUCACUUUGUUUAGCGGAAAGGGGGGAUAUUCAUUAUAUAGAUAGGCAUCCCAGCUUCCGUUUAUUUGCUUGUAUGAAUCCUGCAACUGAUGCUGGCAAGCGAGAUUUGCCCUUCUCUUUGAGGAGCAGAUUUACAGAGUAUUUUGUUGAUGAUGUGUUGGAUGAUGAAGAUCUAACACUAUUUGUUGGUCAAUUUUUGGGUGACCGAAAAUCAGAUUUGCAAUUAGUAUAUAACAUUGUGUCCUUUUAUAAAAUUGCCAAGAAACUAUCUGAAGAAAAGCUGCAGGAUGGAGCUAAUCAAAAACCACAAUAUAGUUUGAGGUCUCUCUACCGUGCACUAGAAUAUACAACAAAGGCUGAAAGAGAGUUGGAAUUUGGAUUUCCAAAAGCAAUAUACGAUGGGUUCUGUAUGUUUUUUCUCACUUUAUUGGAUAAAAGCAGUGCUUUGGUUAUGGAAGAAACAAUCUUGAAGUAUUUGUUAGGUGGAAAAGUUCCUAAGGAAGUACCUUAUUUUAAGUACUUAAGUGACUCAACUAUUAAUGGGAGCUCUGAUAACAUUAUAAAGUAUACUGUAACUGAAAGUGUUGAGGAACGUCUCAGGAAUUUGGCUCGUGCUAUUUGGAUAAAGAAAUACCCUGUUCUAUUGCAGGGACCUACAUCCAGUGGCAAAACUAGCCUUGUUCAGCAUCUUGCUGCAAUAACAGGUCAUGAAUUUGUAAGAAUAAAUAAUCAUGAACAUACCGAUUUGCAAGAAUAUCUUGGUUCCUAUAUAACGGAUGCUUCUGGGAAGCUCGUCUUCCAUGAAGGUGUACUGGUGAAGGCUGUACGAAAUGGGUAUUGGAUAGUUCUGGAUGAGCUUAACUUAGCUCCAUCUGAUGUGCUGGAAGCAUUAAACCGAUUACUAGAUGAUAAUAGGGAGCUUUUUGUGCCUGAGUUGCAGGAAACUAUUCAUGCAGAUGAAAAUUUUAUGCUUUUUGCCACUCAGAAUCCUCCUGGUUUUUAUGGUGGGCGUAAAAUGCUUUCUCGAGCUUUCCGCAAUCGUUUUGUAGAAAUUCAUGUUGAUGAAAUUCCUGAAACUGAGUUGAGUACAAUCUUAUUAGAGCGGCGCCCUGGAAUUUCUAAAAAGAUGGCUAAGCAAAUGAUUAUUGUGAUGAAGGAAUUGCAAUUGAAAAGGCAGAUGAGCAAAGUUUUUGCUGGGAAACAUGGGUUCAUUACUCCGCGAGACUUGUUCCGGUGGGCUGAUCGUUUCAUAGAACUUGGGGGUGGUUCUGAUGUGGAUUUGGCCCGAGAUGGUUAUUAUCUUUUGGCAGAGAGGCUUCGGGAUGAAGGCGAGAAAUGUGUUGUUCGAGAAGUUUUGGAAAAAAAUUUCCGUGUUAAACUUGAUGAAGACAACUUGUACUUUCAGGAACCUGUUCCCAACUUGCCUGAUGGUGCUGAAGUUCCGAAGAGUCUUCAAAAUUGGACUAAAAGUAUGCGAAGAUUGCACUUCCUAGUGGAGCGUUGCUAUAAAGUGCGGGAACCUGUACUUCUUGUUGGUGAAACAGGGGUUGGGAAGACAACCGUCUGUCAGUUGCUGAGUAUUCUUUUGGGUUCAAAAUUGCACAUCCUGAACUGUCAUCAGUACACCGAAACCUCUGAUUUUCUUGGGGGGUUUUAUCCUAUUCGGGAGAGAUCGAGAUUAACAUCAGAUUUUAAAAGAACAAUUGAAGAAUUGUUGAUGACAGAGGCCUUUAACCAGUUCAUCUGGACUAUGUAA